UCUCUCAGCAGCAUCCACAACUUUCGCCUUCUUCAGAUCGAGGAUUAAUCAAGUAAUUUCGCCAUGAACUUCUACAAGAUCUUUGUUUUCGUCGCCCUUAUCUUGGCCAUCAGUUUGGGACAAUCGGAGGGUGGCUGGCUGAAGAAAAUCGGCAAGAAAAUUGAACGCGUGGGUCAACACACUCGGGAUGCCACAAUCCAAGGUAUUGGAAUCGCUCAACAGGCUGCUAAUGUUGCAGCUACUGCCAGAGGAUGA